UGUGUAUCUACCCGUAAUAGUCGCGGGCAGCGACUCGACAUGGGAAAAGUUGAAGUACCCAGGUACCCAGGUACUCCGAGGACUAGCAGUUCCCUCGCCCUCAGACCUCGACCCUUCAUCCAAUCCUCAUCUCUUGUCCAACCUUGCACACAACCUUGCCCCGAGGCCUGCCCUGAACAGAACAGAGCCUCAUCGUCUCUCGCAGCUCGGGCCUGGUCAUAGCUGUUGCUUUGCUGCGUCAGUUGGCGACAUCGUUCGACUCGUGUCUCAAGUUCUUCUCGAUGAACUGAUUCUCCUCCACCCUGCGACCAUUAUCUGGGUCUGGUAAUUCGCCUUCGUCCAACCCCUCCACACUGCUGCUCCUCUUGCCAUGUCGACUAUCGCUGCCCCUCGUCUGCUGUAGACAUGAUUGUCUGACAAGACCUCGCCAACCUCGACCACCUUACACGCCAUCGCAUUGCCCAUCAUGGACCAACUGCGGCCACCUGGCGAUACCACGAAUUUCCCUCCACCUCGACGACAUUCCACCGUCCCGACCUCUUUCCAGCCAUCGCCCUCGCGCCCGCCAUCAAACUCUGUCUCCAGUAAUGGAUCCGUCGAGACCCUCUUCAACCACCCAUCCGUGAGGAUAGUGGCUUUCUCUGCAGGCAAAUCCGCCUUCGACCGGCUUGGCCCUGGCUCGGAGGAGAGACCCGGCUCACUGCCAUCUUCCUCUCAGUUUGAGAGGACCCUAGCCGUUGGUGCUUUCCAGAUUUACCGAGCCCCCGGUUCCGUCGCGUUCCUCCGAUGUGGCUCAGCCCUACAGCCAAUAUUACCCAAGAGCCAAUGCUGGACCCUCGACGAGAAUUCAAGCAAAUUCGCACUGCAGAUCCGCCGACCAAAUUACUGGAGGAUCGAGGUGCCUGUGAGCGAUGAGGAGGAUACGCGCCGAGCCGCCGUGUUGCGCGAGAUAUUGGACAAGAUACUACAGUUUGAAAAGACACCAUGCCCCUUCGAGCGGGACUUUACGGUGCAGCUGCCCGAGAGACCGACAACUCCGGUGAAGAAACGACCAUGGACCCCUCCCGUGCGGACCGUCUCUAUGGAUUGGCCACCGCAGCCAGUCACGCCGCCUCCUGAGUUUGCGACCCGGACAAGGUUCUACAACCCAAACGCGCGGAGGCAUUCUGACUUUGGAGUGGAUCUGUCCAAAGACGGCGCUGCGCCUGAGACGCCUGAAGCGAAGGCCGAGGGCAAGCCUGCAGAUGGGUCGGCGAGAUUCGGCACACCGACAAGGCCGCCAUCACGGAGGCUGAUGGAGACGAUGGACACGCCCAGGCAGGAGACAAUCCCGGAAGAGGGCACUUCUGACGAGGCGAAACCAGAGUUUGGCGUCAAAUUCAGGUCGGUGCUGGAGGAACCCGAGCCGCUUACGCCACCCCUUACUGCCUUUCCGCGGGAACUCGUCGAAAAGCCUGUCGAGCCUACUUCGGACGCAUCUACACCUGGCGAGGCGGAGGUACAGCCUACAGACCUAGAAGCCAGUCCGAAAGCCCCAGAGCCCGAUAGGAGUCUGGCUAUUCCAAAGAGGCGCGAGCCCAUCUGGAUAACGAAGAAACCAUCUGCAGUGGCUAGGAAGGUACCGCGACCAGCGCUGCCAAAGGCGGGCUCACUUGAGCCCGCGGCGCCAUCGGCACCGCAAGGUCAGAGUGAGAUUACGACAGAAAUUACCGGGAACUCUAGUUCAACAUGUGACUCAUCCCCGGAGAGAGACAGCACGACACGAAACGACUCGAUAAGUUCCGAAGAAGCUGGCUCGAUUGAGGGAUCCGGACAGAUGAGGUUGAGGCGGACCAGGGUAGCUGCAUUCGCGUCUAGGAGGGCUGCCACAGCGCCUGCACUGAGACUUCGGACUUCAACGCCAGCCAUGGACAUUCAGGAGGAGGCGCCCCAAGAAGUGUCCGAGCCUGGCUCACCGGCCGAGUCGUCUGACUCGUUCCACAGCACCCAGUCUUGGCACUCACCUCUUGCUCCUCCUUCACCACCCAUGUCCCCCAGCCGGGCAUACCCGUAUCCACACGAGAACAUCCCCUUGGCCAGGACAGGAGACGGGUCGGAGUCAGCUGCCACGCCAACUGUAUCAUUAUGGGAGAAGAGCUCGACAGGUGCGGUUGCCGGAAGUGGAUCUGGGACACCCAUCACACCGUUUUACAAAGACCACAGCGGGGACAUUGACACCGAGGAUAAGGCCGGUGUGAAGCGGUCAGACGAGCCCGAGAUACCGGCCCAGGCCAUCACCGUCACUAAGAGCACCGCGGAAGACGAAGCAGCGGAGCACCACGCAGCCGCAGACACCGACUCGCUAUCAACAUCCUGGUCAUCCGCUGCAUCCAGGGCAUCAUCCCCGGGGUCCAACACGGCCAUGCGCCAUCGCGCAGCAACAACCUCGGUCUCGAUCUCCCACACCAGCCCGCGCGCCCUGUCCCCGUUGCCCCCACCCGCCAACCUCUUCACCCCGCGCCAGGGCGGCCUCCGGCGUCUCCCGUCGACGGCCGAGCUGUCCGUCCGCGCCUCCUCGGCCGUGAAGACGAUCCGGCGCAUCCCGAGCGCCAUCCUCAACAAGACAUGCGAGAUGAUCCUCGGCCCGCCCGCGCACCUCAUCAGCCUGAUGCUAAAGGUGGCGGCGCGCAUCGCCGCGGGCGAGUUCCGCGGGUUCGUCUUUGGCAUGGGCGAGGGCGGCGAGGUGGUCGAUGUCCGGUGGGACUGGAGCGACGAGCACAGCGACAUCGACGGGGAGGGCGCCGCGCUCGAGGGGUGGGACGAGUCGGAUUUUGAUUUUGGGACCGACGCGGCGCGGCGGUCGGCGGCGCAGCGCCAGACCCGCGGCCGCGACAGGAUCAGGGCCAGCUUUGCUGCUGCGGACUUGUCACGGCCUCUUCCUGCGAGGGCGUCGGGGAAGGCUAUCGCGUACCAGGACCCCUGGGACGACGAGGAGGAGGACCCGAGCCGUAGCUGGGGGGUUGACUAGGGCGGGGAUCAUUUGCACUGGUUGUUUUUUGUCCUGGAUUUGUUGCUGGGACGGAUGGGGAUUUCGGCGGUGAGGAUUGUAGGGUGUAAGAUACCACGAGCAUGCAUGGCCGGCGUUUUCAAAUAUCGGAGAGGAGCAUCAGCUGGCUGUAUUGGGCAGAUCUCGGGCUCUCUUUCUCGAUGUGGUGGUGUAUUAUCUAGUUUGUUGAUAGGCGGUCCAGCGGGCGAUUUCCACACUGAUCUGUGUGUGGCCUGCGACCUGGGAGUACUGUAAGAACAAGAAUGCCUAAUGAUCAUCUAGAGA